AUGUGCUUAGUAUCAUCGUUUUCAAUGCUAAUUUAUCUAUGGCACACGUACAACUGCUCAAAUUUUGCUCUAGCUGCAAAUUUUGCUGGCAGGGGUGAAACAGGUGAUAAUUUCUUUGUCUUUUACAAUAAAGGUAACUUGUCGCAUGCAUGCGCCGAGGAGCAAAUGAAACAACGAGCUGAAACGAGAUUUCGGUCUAACAUGGUUCCAAUAUGGUGGCAGCAUAUUCAAAGGUCGGGUGGGUACUUAAUGUGCAGCUAUGCUCGAUCUAACGGUGUUUAUGACCUGGCAACAAAAAUUGGUUGCCCCACUUGUCCAUGUGGACACGGGAACAUUGAUGAAUACUUAGAUAAAAAGUGCCACAAACAUUUAAACCCUGCACUUUUUAACAAUCACUCUAAAAUCAAUAAUCCAGUUCAUUCUAAGAAGGAUCGCGCAGAUGUUGCACAUCCAACUGCUAAAAAUGUGAACUUCAUUAUGGUAGAAUAUAACACUUUUAGAAAGUGUGGUCCUGUGCCUGGAAAAUUUGUUUAUGCCACAUUGCUACGCGAUCCAGUGGAUCAAUUGAUAUCAUGGGCAGUGCGAUUCGAAGGUAUCAAAGUGAAUAGAGCAUGGCAGAAAGCUAUUCGUAGCUACAAAAAUGGGAGUGAGAAAGAACUGAGAAUGUUUCUUAGAAAGAAAAGAGAUGCUGAAGUAAAAAAACAUGGAGGAUACUUUCCACACAGGGUUCAUUCGAUCACCAAUACAUUUGGUGCUACUGAGUCGAAUUCAGAUGCGAUAAGAUAUGACAUAGCAAUCAGAAAUCUUUUGAAAUUUAAUUUUGUGUGGGUGUUUGAGAAUUUCAGUGAAGAAGUAGGUUCAACAGUUGAGAAAUAUUUGAACUGGAAAGAAGGUGAGUCAUACAUAAAAAAUUUGGGGAGGGGAGGCGGUCAAUACGUAAAAUACAAAGGAAAAGAUUCCCUGCCAAAGGGUGUGGUGGAUAUUUUAGAGAGGCACAUGUCGGCUGAUAUUGCUGUUUAUAGAAGAAUGGCUAAUUUCAAUAAUGAAAGAGCUGAACUUCGAAAAUUAUGCGAACUUGCAAAAAAGCACAAAACUUUAGAAGCUAUAACACUUUAG